AUGACGGAAGGAGCGAAUUCUACGCGGCAUACCACGUCAGUUGCGUCAUUUCAUGACUUAAUUGAUUGUUUGAGAACACGUCUUCACGCUUCCAUCGACGAAGAGUUCACUUCAUUUGAGCAUUGUGUUAUUCCAUUAUUGAACCAUACAAAUCCGUCCGAGAAAUUAUUUUCGUGUAUCAAUGAUGAUUCGAUGGAUGACGAAUAUGCGACUUGGACUGAACACGAUAAUACUGAAUCGUUGUCGAAUGAAAUCGAAAAACAGCACGAAACAAGAAAUGAUGAAAUGAUCUCUUCUGGAGAUGGCACUAGUAACGAUAUUAUUGAUAUACUUAAUAGAAUUCUUUCUCAUUCAGCAAAUAUUCUCUUGAAGGCAAUCCAUCAAAAUCUUAAUUGUUAA